AUGCCUGCAUGCAAUCGCACAGAGUGGAACGACUUUGUUGAUGUGGGGUUUGGUGAUAAUAUUCCUAGUGCUUGGGCCGUCGACUAUUCCAACCCGAACCUUGAGUUUGAGUUCGAUGAACAGAGACUCAACAUGACCCUGGAGGCGAAAAAUGCAGGUACUAUCUGGGAUUCUGAUAAGGAAGGCUCUGACAAAUUCAAGUAUCCAGGGGGCGUUGGGGUCACGUUUCGUGGAGUGGUCGACUCAUGGUAUUCUGAUGUGUUGCUCACUAAUUCAUCAAAUCCAGCAUGGAGGCAGACGGUGGGCUAUGAUGAAGGAUAUUUUGCAUAUGGUGUGUUCAAAACCUUUCUUGUCGCCUCAAAUCAUCACAUGUAA